AUGCGCAGGAAAAAAGCAAUCAACGUAUAUCACGAAGAAGCCAUAGACACACUGACUACGGCUGCUACUCCUGCUGCUGCCUAUGUUCGCCAAUUGAUUACUCCGACCAAUAAUAAUGUCUCGAACAGCCCCAUUCCUCCUGAUGGCGAUGAAAAUGAAUCUACACAAGGCGACAACAAUGUUGAUUGUGACGCUAACGAGGACAACGAUACGGCAACACCCAUAUUGGUCCACCCAGUUCGCAGUCCGCCUUCGAUGUCAAUUUCUGAUGAAGCAUCAUUCUCUAAUGAAUUAUUGACAUCAACACCACUGUCUUUAACAUUGCACGUACCGGGUCCAAAUCGAUUUUACGUUGAUCAUAUUGAUAUCUCAGAGAGAUUCUAUAACAUGCAACAAUAUGUCUUUAACUUUGUGGAAGCCAAUAACUUAACCUUGGAAUCUGAUGUUCAUCUCAUUCUAUUGUUAUCUUCAAUUCUAUUAUUACAAAAUAACAAUCGACUCCACAAAGACGUGAUCCCGUUUUUUGGUGAUAAGAUAUACCAAAAAGUUCGCGAAAGCAUCCUUGACUCCCUAAAUAUGGCGUACAAAUUUCCCGGAGAAACUUUGCUUGGAAUCAUUGAAACUGCACAAAGCGUAUACAAUAAAACCAAUAAUCGAAUCAAUGCAGCAGCUUCAUUACUCAGCCUAGCAGAUACCGUGGAUAAUCCUAUAGAUAAAAAAACUCAUUGUAUCCGCAUCUCAGCUUCUCCAAUUUCUGCCUAUGGAUCCAACAUAUUCAGACAUAUGUGA